AUGUUGGACGCCAGUCGACCGACCAUCGAUAUUGCAGCUAAUAGGACCAUACACGUUCUCGAGGAGUCACCCGGUGCGAUUCUUGUCGGCGUAUUCAUGCAGUUUUUCUUCCAGGGCAUCAUUGUCAUCGAAGCUGGGCAGUACUACGAGGUAUGUUAUGAAGAUUCCUGGGGUCGUAAUCUCUUCGUAGCUUUCGUUACGCUACUUUCUCUCGCACAGACGGCGUUCGAGGGAUACAUAGCUUGGAAGGCUAACGUGGACCGUAGGACGCUGUCGAUGAUUCCGCGAGCGUGGUUCGCACUUUUCCUGAAUGGCUUCAUCAGUGGAAUGAACAAGCUCUUUCUCCUCCGACGCUGCUGGCGGAUCACGAAAGGAAGCUGGUGGAUAGCCGUGUUGACCGUGUGCACGAUAACCACAUACGGCGCGAAUAUCUUGAUCGCGGUGGCUUUUUCACGUCUGAGCGUCGUCAAUCUCAAGCCUAGCGAUGUGGUACUGAGCGUCAUCGCAUUUUCGUAUUGGACCACGGCGGUGCUUGUCCUCGACGUCAUUCUCUCUGUUAUCCUCGCUUUCUUCUUAUGGAAAAGCAAGACCGGUGUGCACCAUCUCGACAGAGCACUCUUGCGCUUCUGCGCCGUCGCCACAGAAUCCGCAGUCUGGCCAUCUCUCUGCGUCGCCGUUUCCUCAGGACUGUUCUUCUCGCAUAACGCAAACGCCAACCGUCUAGUUUUAGUAUUCCUGCUUCAAACAGGCAAGCUCUACACCUUGUCCAUCCUCCGCACAUUAAACGCAAAAGUCAAACUACGGGAAAGAAUGAAAUCAGACGACUUUGCGCGAGGCUCGUUGGGAAACUGGUCUUGGCAACGAGCUGAUUCUGGAAUGGACCAUGCGUCUGAAGCGCACGAGCGUUCUUCGUUCCGGGAGUCAACGGGUGGGCGCUUGUUGUCGAUCUCGAUUGGGCCGUCGGAGAGGAGUGUUGUGGAUAGUCGAAUGUCUGUGCAUGAUCAGCAUCUUCAGUCGCCGAUGCCGUUUCACUCACACUUGACGGACUUGCGUUCGACUUGA